GAUGAUUCGUCGUUGGUAUACCGCAUCCCGCGGGUUUCAACUAUUUAGACGCUUAGUAAUGGGUGCAUACUGCUGUGUGACCCGCGGGAUUCAUAAACUGUCAGCGAAACGCGCAAGCGAAACUCGCAAACGAACCCCGCGGGCCCGAAAGCUGAACCUCUCAGCUUCCGACCGUGGCGACGGAUUUGGACAUUCAUCGCCGAGGGUUUCAACAAGGAAACCCGAUCGAGAUAGGAACUGGAUUAUACGAUAAGAUGUCUCCCAAUCUUAUAGCAGGGCCCUCGUCUACACCUGCGUCUGUGUCUGCGUCAUGUAGUCCAGCGCCUUAUGGACGGGCAUGUGCCGGCUGUUCUCGUGCCAAAUGCAAGUGUUUCUAUCGAGCAGAGGGAUCUACAUGUGAGCGAUGCCAUCGUCUUGGGAAGGUUUGUGAGCCGGCCUCGAAUAUUCGUAAGCGCAAGGUCCGGAAGUCUACGCCGCAGUCACAGUCGUCUUCCCAGCGCUCACCUCCGCCUCCGCCUGCACCCCUUACUAGCACUAGCACCAGCCGGAUCGAGGAGAAGCUAGACGACCUCGUAAGCCUUCUACGCUCGCAAGCUCAAGCUCAGGGUUCACAGCAAUCAUCGCGGCCUACGCCGGAAGGAAACCCAGGGGAUUUUACAUCGAAUCUGGCAAACACACAGCCAGACGUCGUCAUAGACACCACCACCAGCAUCAUCCACCUCCUACGCCCGGCCAACAACCGCACCUCACCACUACGCGUCGUCGAAGAGGACAUCAUGUCCUGGACCGUCCGGCACCCUGUUCUCGAGAAGACGGCAGAGGAGCAGCUGGAGCUGUUCAGGCGCGUGUUCGUCUCCAUGCUGCCGUUCGUCUACAUCCCCGAGACGACGAGCGCGGCGGAGCUGCGUCGCCAGAAGCCGUUCCUCUGGUUCGUCGUCAUGGCGCUCACGGCGAAGAAGUUCUCGCUGCAGUUUGCGAUGGAGGAGACGAUAUGGCAUAUUGUGUCGCGCAGGGUCGUGACGCAGCAUCUUGUGGAUAUGGACCUGCUGCUCGGGGUUAUAUGUUUCGCUACCUGGUCUCAUUUCUUUAAAAAGGAGCUACCAUUCAUGACCAUGCUUUCCCAAAUGGCCGUCUCGCUUGCUUUCGAGCUGGGCAUCCAUCAUGAUACGCCUACAACUACGCUACGGCGUAGCCGCCUUCUAUACGAGCUGCCGGCGAGACAGCCACCUCGGACUCUGGAGGAGCGUCGGACCAUGUUGGCUUUGUUCCACGUUACUUCUUCCACCUGGGCAACAUAUAGGAAGACCGAGCCUCUCCGCUGGACACCGUAUCUAGACGAAUGUCUCCGGGUCAUCGGCCAAGGGACAGAAACCCCCAUGGACAUCCUCCUAGCUACACAAAUCAAGUGCCAGAUCAUACGAAACCAGUUAACCUGUUCCCUCGCAGACGAGCCGCCGGGGGCCGAGAGCUCCAGAGCCCCGUCGGCCAUCCUCGCUGCUACUUUACUCGCACAACUCAAUGAUAUUCGGCAGAACUUGCCAGCUCAAGUCGCGUCUGAAAAAACCGCACAACUCUACCUCCACCACACGACCCUCAAAAUCCUCGAAUCCCAACUAACCCGUCCUCGCCCUCGUCCUCUCUUCACCAACACCACCAACACCAGCGCUACUACCACCACCGACCCAAGCGGCCUCUCCACCAUCCAGCGCCUAGCAGACCUCGAAGCCGUCCUCAGCAGCGCCGAGCGCUGGCUCGCCGCCUUGUUCGGGAUGCCCCCGGGGGACUGGCUCGGCAUCACGUCGGACGUGUUCGCGCAGUUCACGCAGACGCUCGUCGUGCUCUUCAAGCUCAGCACUCUCGACAUCGGUAGCGGUAGCGGUGCCAGCACGUGGGACGUACGACCCGAAGUCCGCCGGCGCGCCGACGUCUUCGAGAUCCUCGACCGCGCGUGCCACAUCAUCGACACCGUGCCCUUCUCCGUCUAUGGCAUUGUGGAUCCGUCGGAAGAGGGAGGUAACGAUGAUGAAGAAGAAGGAGAGGCGUGGGGGGGAAGAACAAGAACAAGAACAACAAACAGAAGUAGAAGUGGGAGCGGUAGAAGCAAAAGUAAACCGCGACCCGGCUUCUUCCGCAAGGCGGCCCGGCUUCUGCGCCACGUUAAGGCGCUGUUCCUCGCUGAGAUGCCGCCGGAUUUGAUUCUUUCUGAUCCUAUUCCGACUACUGCCACUACUGCUGCGAGUACCGCUACCUCUGCCGCCGCCGCCGCCGCCACCACAGUACCCCCUUUUACAGUCCCGGAUAGCGGGGCGGGAGGGUAUGGUUUUAUUGACAAUAAUGGCGGCGACAUGGAUUUCUCCAUGGUAGAUGUGCUAGAUGGUGAUGGGUUUAUGCUAAACUUGUACGAGGAUAUCCUGACGCCGAUGUGGGAUUUUAGGCCGGAUAAUUUGGAUAUAUCCUUUCCCACCCAAGUAGAUUAGGUACUAGGUAGAUUGCUGUUGCUAUUGCUAUUUAACGUCUUACUAUGCUAUUCUAUGCUAUCAGUUAGGUACCUAGGUAAGGUAUACAGGCCUCGAAAUUUAGUAUUGGUAAACUAUGGAUAUGCGUAGCCUAAUGUUUAUUGCACAAGUAGAUAGUUUGGUGAUUUUUCUAGUCAAACCCCAUGGCUGUGAAUAGUUGAAAAAGCCAAAGGAUAAGGGGUACCCUAGGUAUGUACCUAGGUAAGCAUUAAAACAUCGCGUAAAGUGAUAUCGCCCUAGUAUUAGGG